ACGUUCGGUGACAGUCGUGAAUCUUCUUUUGCUUCGAGCGGACGUCUCACGUCCUAAAAAACUAUCGAUCGAACCGUUGCGGGCUAUAUAGUAUAUAAAGUCGGACGUAUAUAAUUUUUAUCGGUUUACCAUAACAAACUCCAUUCCCUCGUUAUCCUUCCAUAAAACACCUUUCAAAAAAGGUCCGAGACCAAUAGAAAUGGGAGAAACGGAUGGAGAUAUCGAGCCACGGGCAUCUGCCGAACCAGAUGCGCCAGCAGCCCAGGACACCUUGCAGGUGCCAACGCAAAAAAAGCGAAAACUCAAAUCACCAACUCCGGGAAGCUUACGCGGACGCAGCUCCACGCCGAUACACGGCCGGAGUCAGACACCGUUCACCCUCUAUAUGACCCGACGCAGUGCCACGCCCUCGACGUGGCGCAGCAUUACACCGUUCCUGAAUCGCGAGAAGAAGGAGAAGACUCCUUUUGAAUUGGGGCGGGACAUAAAGAGCCAGACCACGUGCAACAUUGCCGUUUUCGAUCGCGCCCUCGGCAUGGAUAUCUCCGAGCCGUUGGAUGUGCAGAAGCCCGUGCGUUACAUAACAUCUGACUUGUCGGUAAUCGAUCGCGCUGCCGUAAUGGAUGUGUCGAACGUUGAGGUUAUCUACGUCGUGGAAGAGUACGAAGAGUUCGAUGAGGAGGAGAUCCUCGAGGAGGUGAAGCCCAAGAAGAAGGAGAAGAAGGCCAGGAAGCCCCGUGUCGCGCGCAAGUCCGUCGACAUGACAUCGGACAGCGAAGAUAUUGUUGACGGCCUCGAUGAUCGGGAGGACAGUUUGGAUCUCGACGAUGACGAGCCCGUCAAGAAGGGCAAGAAGAAGGCUCCUCCCAAGAAGAAGGAGAAGUCACCCAGUCCAAAAUUGAGCUUGAAACUAGAGAUUGGCGGCGCCCAGAAGGCUAGCAAGAAGAUGUUCGAGCAGCAGCAGCAGGCGGGACCCAAGCCACCGCCAAAGAAGAGCAAAAUGGUGCUCCAAAUGGAGGAGCAGGCCAAGGCGGCUGCCAAGGCCGCCGAAGAGGAGGCCAACCGGGCGAAGCCUAAGGGCGAGACCUUCGAGGAGCGGCAGAAACGUCUGCAGGCCGAGAAGGAGGAGCAGGAACGCCUGGAGGCCGAGCAGCGGGCACUGGAGGAGGCCGAGGAGGAAGAGGAGCCACCAGAGGAGGGCGAAGAUGGCACCGAGGCUGGCUACGGAGACGAGGAAAACGAAUACCUCGACGAGAAUGGUGAAGAAAAUCCCGAAGAUCUCGCCGAAGAAGAGGAGGACGUAGUGGUCGACUUGAAGAAAGAGAAACGUCGUGGCAGCGACUCCUCCGAUGACUUCGUUCGUCCCGAUCCCCACGAGGAGGAGCGCUGGCAGCGCAUCGCCGCCAUCGAGGGCGAGGAGUUCAUGCAGCAGAUGCGCAAGUACAGCAUGGCCAAGCGCAUCAGCGAAAAGGAGCGCGACGCCGACUGGCAGAAUCGCCGGGAGCAGGGUCGCCGGCCCAAGUUUAUAAAUUUCCUCUCUGAUCGCACGGUCGAGUGCGGCCAGAGUGUGCGCCUGGCCUGUGCCGUUGAUGGCCCCGAGCUAUCAGCCAAGUGGUUCAAGGACCGCCGGCAGCUUGAGCGCGAUGGUUGCCAUCGCAUCUCGAACAACAACAAUAUCCUUGUCCUGGAGGUGCUCAACACAAACAUCCUGGACUCUGGCGAGUAUUCGUGCGUGAUUUCGAACCAGAACGACGAGGUGAUCUCCUCGUGCAUUGUCACCGUCUACGAGGUGUUUAAGGAUGAACCGAAACCACCCACCAUUCAGUAUAUCAAAGAGUACUAUCAUUUGCGCGACGAUGAGCUGACCAUCGAGUGCCACGUCCAUGGUGUGCCCCGACCGGUCAUCACAUGGUGGCGCGGUGCCUUCCAGGUGAAGCCUAGCUACAAGUUCACCAUGCUGGAGGAGGCGCACGGUGUCUGCAAGCUGCUGAUCUAUAAGCCCGGCAACAAGGACGGCGGUAUCUACACUCUGAAGGCUAUCAAUUCCAUCGGCGAGGUUCAGAUCAAUCACACUGUGGAGGUGGCCAAGAAUCUGCACUACCAUGUCCCGGGCAUCUUCCAUGCCCGCGACAGGAUCCAGCUGGACAGCUUGAAGCAUGCCAAGAGGCAAAUGGAUACGGCCCUCAAGUCCAUGGCCGAGUCGGAUCAGAGGCGUGCCGAGGCCGAACAGGCGCGCCUCCGACCAGUGCGUCCCUCCCCAGAGCCACUGGUCCCUGCUAAGCAGAAGCUCUCGUUUGCCACUCAGCUUCGUGAUCGCAUGGCUCUUGAGGGGUCCACCAUUAAGUUUGUGGCCACUGUCAUUGGACCCUCGCCCAGCACCCGCUGGAUGAAGGACGACAAGUGGGUGGUGGUUGGUGGCAACAUCAAGAACCUGUCGGAGGAGGGCAAAGCAAUUCUAGCGAUCGAGAAUGCCACCACUGCCGACUCGGGCGUCUACAAGUGCGUGGCCAAGAACGAACUCAGCGAAAUCGAAACCUCUUGCUACUUUAAAGUGUAUGCGGCACAGACCGAUGGCGACGAGUCGGAGCCCAUAUUCGCCCUGCCCCUGCGAGAUGUAUAUCAUGCCUCGCAGAACGAUUUAAUUAUCGAUACGAAGGUGCGCUGCAAUCCCCGACCCGUCAUUACGUGGACCAAAGACCAGAUACCCGUGGUGCUCGACGAUCGGGUGGUGCAGAUCGAGCACUUGGACGGCAUCUGUGAGCUGAUCAUCAACAAGCCGACCGUCAAUGACAACGGAAUCUAUGUCUGCAGUGCCCAGAACAAGUUGGGCAGUCAGUCGACCACCCACACGGUCGUCGUCGACACACACUCAUCGCGUCGAUCGAGUAUUCUCUCCACUUUGGCCAUGCAGGACGGUGCAAAGGAGGGCGAAGCCGCGGAGGGUGGUGGCAAGGCCAAGAGCAGGCCGAAGAAGAAGAAGGACGAUGAGGAGGAGGCCGGCGGCGGUGGCGGCGGGGAUGGUGGCUACGAGCGACGCAGCCGCAUGCCGGACCCUUCGCCCAAGCAAAUGCUCUACUUCACGGUCAAUCUGUCCAAUCGGUAUGUAGCCGAGGGCUCCAAGGUCAAGUUGCAGGCUGUAAUUGGAGGUCCGGAGCCGACACUUAAAUGGCAGAAGGACGACCAGAAUGUCUCCUACGGACCGCGCAUUCGCAACAUGAAUCGUAAUGGCCUGGCGGUCCUGGAGUUUGUCAACGCCUCAACAGAGGACUCUGGCACCUACACGAUCACUGCCCAAAACGAGCACUGCAAGAUCACAACCUCGGCCGUGCUGCAUGUCUACGAGGCGAAGGUCAACACCGAUGUCCAGCCCGUGUUCAUACGUUCGCUAAAAGACACCUAUCAUCUGAACACCAAUGAGCUGAUUCUGGAGACGGCGGUGCGAGGACAGCCCACACCGGAGGUGCAGUGGUUUAAGGACAGCAUUGAGAUCCAGAGCGGCGGUCGCUUCCAGCUUAUCGAGCAUCAGGAUGGCUCCUGCGAGCUCCACAUCGAUCGUCCGGACAACAAGGACUCGGGCAAAUAUGUCGUUAAGGCCGAAAGUCGGGCCGGCAAAAUGGAGAUCUCGCAUUACGUUUUGUUCGAGAGCAUGGCUCAUCAUAUUGCGGACAACAUCCAUGGCGUGUUCCAUGCUGACAAGAAUCUUCUGCGUGCCAAGGAGGAGAAGGAGAAGCCCUCGGAGGACUGCAGGAAGCCAGCUCCAGCGGCGGCCGCACCCGAAGCCGAGUCUGAGGCUGAGACCGAGGAGGGCAAGGGCAAGCGACGUGGCCACAAGGCGGACGAUGAUGAGGGAGUUUCAUCGGCCUAUGCCUCCGACUAUGCCUCGGACUCGGGCAGUAUUUCGAGCAAGCGGCGCGAGAAGAACAUCGUAAUCCACUUCAGCACCUCCAUGAGGGAUCGCGUUGUGGCCGAGGGAUCCAAGGUGAAGAUAUCCUGUUUCCUGGACGCCAAGGAGCCACAAGUCAAGUGGUUCAAAGACGGAGAGCAAUUGGUGAAUGGACCCAAGAUCAGGGGCCGCUAUAGCGAGGGACUGUGCCUUCUGGAAAUCACGAGCGCCACGGCGGAGGACAAUGGCGAGUUCAAGUGCUGGGGACGCGAUGAAACCGGCGAAGCGUCCACCUCGUGCCGCCUGGAGGUCUUCGAGGAUGCGGGCACCGGCGACGUUCCGCCCACAUUCACGCGCAACAUCAAGGACACGCUGCACGGCAAGAUCAACGAACUGCAGCUUGACGUGCAUGUGCGCGGUCUGCCCACGCCCUCGGUCACAUGGGUGAAGGAUGGCGUGAAGAUCGAGAACAGCGACAAGUACCAGCAGGUGGACCACGAUGAUGGCACCUGCGAGCUCUUCAUCAGUAGCCCGAAGCCCUCGGACAGCGGCAAGUACGUUUGCCAGGCCGAGAACCGCGAGGGCAAGACGGAAAUCGUUCACAUGGUCACCGUGGAGAAGCGUGUGAGGGCUCCACGCAUCUCGCCGCCCAGGGAGGGCAGGCCGCCCCGUCCUGCUGGCGAGGGCGACGAGCCAGCCGCCGGCGAGGAGGGAGAAGUUGGAGCCGACGGUGAGCCGAGACGCAGGAAGCCCAAGCCCGACGAAGAGGAGGUGACAAGCUCGAGGCGCGAGGUACCCAUGCCACCAGAUCUAAGGAAGCGUCUCUACUUCCGCAACUACCUCUCGAAUCGCACCGUCAAGUCGGGCAGUAACGUCAAGUGGAUGGUGAACAUCGACGGACCGGAGCCAAGUGCCAAGUGGUUCCACGGCGACCAGCCGAUUGCCUUCGGCCCCAAGAGCAAGUUGUCCAUGCAGGACGGCAUUGCCUGGCUGAAUCUGGUGGGUGUGACCGAGGAGGAUGCCGGCGAGUAUACGCUGAGGGUGAGGGGAUCUGACAACGAAAUCGUGAGCACUUGCAACCUGUUCGUUUACAGCACGGGAAAAGAAGAGAUAAUCCCACCCACCUUUGUGGUGGGCAUCAAAGACACAUAUUCUCUCAACGAGAAUGAGUUAGUUCUGGAUUGUCGCGUACGUGGCCAGCCCCGCCCCGAUAUUACGUGGAUGAAGGGGAACGAGAUCCUUAGCAGCGAUGAGAAGUACCAGUUAACCGAUCAGGCCGAUGGGGAUGCCAAGCUGGUCAUUGUCAGCCCCACCGAGAAGGACUCUGGCGUCUCCUCGUGCGUGGCCCGCAACGAGGGUGCCGAGAACAAGAUGUCUCAUCAAGUGGACUUUAAGGGACGUGAACGGUACACACAGGAGAAGACUUCCGGCUUCUACCAUCGUGACCCCAAUAAGCCGCACUUCCUCACGCCGCUCGGCAAUCAGACAGUCUGCGAUGGCGGUACUGUAGCCAUUUCGGCCGAGUUCAUGCAGACAACCACGCCCCUCGAGGUGAAAUGGUUGCGAGACCGCCAGGUCGUCGAAGGUCCCAAUGUCCAGGCCCUGGCCGAUCGCGGUGUCUACACGCUGACCAUCAUGAAAGCCACGUCAGAGGUUGAGGGCACCUACACCUGCCGCGCCUCGAACGCCUACGGACGGACCGAGUCGCAUGCCAAUGUCGAUGUGGCUGUUGGUGCCGAAAAGGACGAACGGCCACCGCUGUUCCUAUCUCGCCCAGAUACCGAAAUGAAGAUCGCUGUGGGUGAUCCCUUCUCGUUUGCCUUCCGUAUUGCCGGCGAACCGAAACCAAAGCUCACGUUCAUGAAGGGCACCAAGGACAUCACCCAAUCGGAUCGGGUCAGCAAAGAGGUAUCCGAUGACUAUACCAGAUUCACAGUGCAGCAGGCCCAAAUCUCCGACUCGGGCACCUAUUUCGUUGUGGCACGUAACAACUUUGGCACGGACAGGAUAUUUGUUACCGUCACGGUAAACCCGCGCGCUCGCUCCGCAACGCCAACGCAACCUCGCUGGGACCUACCCCUGGACAGUUACAGCGACUCAUCGUAUUUCAGAGAUCGGUUCAAGAACCGCCACAAACCAAAAACGACAAAAGAAUCUUCCUGUGAGAUCAAUGAGAUCGAUAGAUCGAUACACCCUGCAGCACACACACAAAAUAUUUCGUGUAUUUAUCUUUUGUUAGUAUUUCUGAACGAUUGACUUAAUUACUUUUAUUAUCGUAUAUAAAUAAUGUAUUAUUUAAAGCACAGCAAUCCAGCUUAUACAUUUACGUAGUGAAAAACAAGAAAAUAAAAAAUAUUUCUCCGGG